GGCUCUUUGAACCGACUCGUUCGCGACCGAAACAUCACUAAGCCAGACUCCAGUCCGGGUCUUGUGCUUCUCCAGCCGCGUAGAGAGGCUUAUCUCCUCUUCCUUUGUGUUUGAACCUCUCUUAAAUCUGCUCAGUGGGACAACCCGGGAGAAACGUCUCUGUCCUCCACUCUCACAGCUCACUAAUGUCUGAGGGACUGGAACCAGACUCGUCCAGAGAUGAGGUGUUAAUCAGCCGGUUCCCCAUCCACCGAGCCUGUCGGGAUGGAGAUGUCGGAGCUCUGGUGUCUCUGAUCCAGCAGCUCUCCAGUCCGGCUCCUCUGACCGCGGAGGACUCCUGCUGCGGAUGGAGCCCCUUACACUGGGCGGCUCACUACGGACAGCUGGAGUGUGUGGUGCGCCUGGUGCAGAUGGGUUGUGAGGUGAACACAGUGACCAGCCGCUUCAACCAGACACCAACACACACGGCAGCGUUCGGAGGACAUCCUCACUGCGUGGUGUGGCUCACUCAGGCCGGAGCAGACGUCAACAGGCAGGAUUUUGUAGGUGAGGCUCCCCUCCACAAGGCGGCUCGUUCAGGUAGCUUGGAGUGUAUCCAGGUCCUGUUGAUAGCAGGAGCAAAACCACAAUUAAGGAACGCCAGUGGGCAGACGGCUGCAGACCUGGCCCACGCUCACGGCUUCCUCGACUGCUUCUGCUUCAUCUCCAAAACCAAGAAGCACCUGCUGCAGCUCAGUGGGAACGGCGCCCCGUGUGGGGGGGGCCUGCUCAGCAGGAAGAGGCUGCUGGCGGCCGUGGACGCCGGUCACAUGAAGAAAGCCAGGGGAGCUGAGAAUGUGUUGGUGCAGAUGCAGAGCAGUGGAGGCGAGGAGCUGGAGAGCAUGAACAUGGAGUCUGCACAGGAGCUCAACUCAGGCAAAGCCAUCACCAACAGCCCUCAUCACACGCUGCCUUACGCUGCCCAGGAUGACCCCGAGACACCCUUGCCGACCUCCCCUCCAGCCAAUCAGCAGGCAGCAGCUCCCGCUCAGCACUCUUCUGCCGACAUGUGUGGCUCCCUUCAUCAGAGCGGCAGUCCCAGCAGCUGUGUGUCCCACCGGCCGGCCUGGCAGGGGCUGAUGGGAGCAGACUGCAGGGACUUCCUGCACUACGGACACUACCACGGCUUCGGAGACACGGCGGAGGAGCUGAGCGACAGCAGCUGCCUCGACUACAGCAGCAGCAUCCAGGCCGAGCACAGAUACAAGCAGGCCGUGGCGAGCACCGUCCACCUCUACCACGACUCAUAAAGACAGAGCCCUCACAGCCGGCCUCCUGCUCUCUGACACGCCUUCUCUUAACUAGAAGUAAAGAACACUUUUGGGAAGUUUCCGCCAAACCCAGAGUCACAGGUUUAACCUAGUUUGAUGAAAUAUUCCUCGCUUCUUUCUCACGGUCUUCAUCAGUGAGACGGAGCUGGCUGGAGAGAGAUCACUUCUGAUCACUUUCACAUCUGACGCCAAAGAUAAUCUUCAGAGACACCCUCACAUAGCUUCAAAAGUCCCUAAACUCUCAUGAGUUUAAUCUAAUAAACAUCUUAUAUUUCAAUAUAGUCAACAUAUUCAUAUUGUAGAACUAAACAUGUGAAAAGAUAGUUGUGGUUUAGGAGCAUUAGAGCAGUGACUGCAUCCAGUAGCUGUGUCCACAGUUCCACACCACACACCAACUGUGCACUCUAUGUACUAUUGUCAUGGUUUUUACAUGUUCUUUGUGCAUUGCAUUGUGGGACAACAGUUUACAUCAAACUCAAAAAGUUUCUGGAUAAUAUCUGUCAUUGUUUUGUGUUGUUAAUUGAUUUCCAAUAAUAGAUAUAUACAUAUAUUUGCAUAAAGCAAGCAUAUUUGUCCACUCCCAUGUUGAUAAGAGUAUUAAAUACUUGACAAAUCUCCCUUUAAGGUUCAUUUUGAACAGAUAAAAAUGUGCAAUUAAUCACGAUUAACUGGACAAUCAUGCAUUAAUCACGUUUAAAUAGUUUUAAUGGAUUGAUUUAAUACUAAUAUUUAGCUCAGUUGAACUGGGGUUGGCUAAUAUUGAUAUGAAACUGAUAUUGAUCUCCUUUAUAUUGUUGGAUUCCUAUAAAAUGAUGGUGAGAUGUGACUCUGGAUGUGAUGGUGUUUGCUGGUUGGACUGAAUUCUUCACUCAGCAGCCUCCAGCGUGUCUCCACCUGAACUCCGUCACAAACAUCCUCACUGUUCUUGCCGUUGUAACAGAUCAUUUUGCCUUUGUUUCCACGCAUUAUCUCCUCCUCUGUAUUUCUGUAUUUACAACACUGACUAGUCUUCUGACUCUGUUACUGCUGGCUGGUUUGCACUAUUACGUGUCCUCUCUGGACGUGGACCGAUCUGCCGUCCUUCAGCUGCAAGGAACACCUGCACUGACGCUCCUUGCUAGCCUUGACCUACCAAAGGGAAUAUAUGUUAAUGGUUUUUUGUUACUUUUAUUUUGAAAAUCAUGUGUUAUUUAUGUUUUUAGAGCAGAUGAAUGUUUUCUAUUCAGAGCUGUACUGUAAUUUUAUAAAGUAGUCUUUUGGGGAAUUUUUGGGAUUAUUGUAACUGCCUCUUUUUGUAAACACUAUGUCAGCUGUGUUGGAACGUGCACGGCUGCUUUUAUACUCGUUCUGGUUUUUGCUAUUAAAACAUGUUUUGCAGUUUCAUAAAAAAA